AUGUUUUUAAGAAUUUUAAUAUUUUUCUUGUCUAUUAGUAACCUAUUUGCUAUUGAACUAUGGAAGAAACCAGGUUGCCACGUUAGAGGUUACAAGAAAAACAUAACAAUACCGGAUUGUCUUAAAUUUGAGAUAACUACAAAUGCUUGCCGUGGAUACUGUGAAUCAUGGUCUCUACCCAGUAUAAUGUUAGGAUUCAAGCGGCAUCCCGUGACCUCUUUGGGACAGUGUUGUAACAUCAUGGAGUCUGAAGAUAUUCCUGUAAAAGUUUUAUGCUUGGACGGAGAAAGAAAUUUAAUAUUUAAGUCUGCUGUAUCUUGUGCAUGCUAUCAUUGUCAAAAAGAG